GAAUAAAUAAGACCUGAGCCGUCUGUCCACUACACCUCUUCCUCCUCCCCUCCCCUCCCCCUUCCCACAUCCCUCUCUUCUCCUCUCCACCCUCUAAUAAUGUGGAAACUCAACAAGAGCGGCAAAGUUCUCCUGGAUGAUUCUCCGGAGGAAGAAGAGAGCCAGUCCCCACCUCCAGCGACACCAGCAGCUACCUUCUCAGCACAGGUUCAAGGAGCAGGUUUUCGAGGUUGGAAGGAAGUAACAUCCAUAUUUAAUAAGGAUGAUGAACAACAGUUAUUAACAGGAUGUAAAUCUCCAAAAUCUAAAGGAACAAGCUUAAAAUUAAAAGAGGAUGUGAAAUCUGAAAAGAAAGCUGGAUUUUGGGACAAUUUGGUGAUAAAACAGAACAUCCAGUCCAGGAAGCCAGACGAAAUUGAAGGAUGGGAGCCACCACAGAUCCCUGCCAGUGAUAAUCUCAGCGACGCAGGAAGUACUCUGAGUGACUAUUCAUCUUGGUCAGGUUGGGAAGACGAAACCAAAGGCUCCACAAAAUACACCAACCUAGCAAGCUCAGGAAAUAGCUCAAGAUGGAGCAUCAGAUCAGCUGGAAGGUUGGUUAGCAUAAGGCGACAAAGCAAAGGCAACCUUACUGAUAACUGGGAAGAACUAGAAUGACAUACAAAAUGUGAAAUGUUCUAUAAGUGAUGAUAAGCGACAUGGUUAUGUAUAUCUUCAAACCAAAAUCAAAACUGCUUAAUAUUGCACUUUUACAGAAGAGUAUUCAAAUUGUCCAACCAUCUGCUCACCUUA